CCCACCCUCUGUUCUUCAUCUCCCUCCCCUCUCUCGCCACCUCUCUCAUCAUUGUGAAGGUGGUGUGAGUGGCAGGGCUAGGAAGAGGACACACAGCAUUAGCACGGGCAUCCCCAGCAUCAUCACUCAGCAUCCCUUCACCUAAAAGGACAGAAUGGCAGAGGGCUCAGUAUCAGAAGCAGAGGUGGAGACGGCCUUCAAGAAGUUUGCCAUUCAUGGGGACACCAAGGCUAAUGGGAAGGAGAUGAAUGGCAAGAACUUUGCCAAACUCUGCAAGGACUGCCGGGUCAUCGACGGCAAGAACGUCACCGCCACCGACGUGGACAUCGUCUUCACUAAAGUCAAGGCGAAGACAGCUCGUGUGAUCACCUUUGAGCAAUUCAGCCAGGCCCUGUCAGAGUUGGCCCCAAAACGUUUUAAAGGGAAGGGCCAGGAGGAGGCGCUGCAGCAGCUCUAUGGCCUCAUAGCAGGGAAGGAGCCCUCCAACGCGGGCGUCACUAAAGUGGCCAAGGCAGCGGCGGUGGACAGACUGACAAACACCACCAAAUUCACGGGGGCACACAAGGAGCGUUUUGACGAGACUGGCAAAGGGAAGGGCAAGGCUGGGCGAGAGGAGAUCCCAGAUGCCAGUGGCUAUGUGGGGGCCUACAAGGGGAAGGGCACCUAUGAGGAUAAGGUCAAGGAAGCAUAGGCAGGAUAGAGGAAACAGAGAGAGAGCUACUCAGACCCUACCAUUUACCCCAAAACCCCCCCUAAAUACUGGACUUUCAAUUAGAACUGAGAACUGCACAGGUACAGGAGGAUGGACUGUUUAGUCACUGGAUGCCAUAGUAUCAGGGGAGGCCAUCAUUGUAAAUAAUAAUUUCUUCUCAACUGACUUGCCUAGUUAAAUAAAGGUUACAUUUAAAAAUGUAAAAAUAUAUCCUCAGAGUUACAGGGUGGGGUUGGGGUGGUAGGAUGGAGAGGGGAGGUGUAACGGUUCCAGUGGGGAGUAAACCUGAAUAUGAAAUAUUACCUUUACUAGUUGAUAAAGAAUAAUGAUUUCUUAGGGAGAAAAUGUACUUAAAUAAUCUACAUACUCCCCCUUCGUAAAUGCUCCAGCCCAACCCCUGACCCCAUCCCUCCCAGCUUUACUAAACACCUCAGUCAGCGCACUUAUUACUACAGGAAGUAACUCAGCUCCCUACUACUACAGGAAGUAACUCAGCUCCCUACUACUACAGGAAGUAACUCAGCUCCCUACUACUACAGGAAGUAACUCAGCUCCCUACUACUACAGGAAGUAACUCAGCUCCCUAUUACUACAGGAAGUAACUCAGCUCCCUACUACUACAGGAAGUAACUCAGCUCCCUACUACUACAGGAAGUAACUCAGCUCCCUACUACUACAGGAAGUAACUCAGCUCCUUACUACUACAGGAAGUAACUCAGCUCCCUACUACUACAGGAAGUAACUCAGCUCCCUACUACUACAGGAAGUAACUCAGCUCCCUAUUACUACAGGAAGUAACUCAGCUCCCUACUACUACAGGAAGUAACUAAGCUCCCUACUACUACAGGAAGUAACUCAGCUCCCUACUACUACAGGAAGUAACUCAGCUCCCUACUACUACAGGAAGUAACUCAGCUCCCUACUACUACAGGAAGUAACUCAGCUCCCUACUAUUACAGGAAGUAACUCAGCUCCCUACUACUACAGGAAGUAACUCAGCUUCCUACCACUACACACAUUGUGCUUUAUCAUUGAGGUUGCUUCUAACACUAAUGCCCUGGUAUUAUGCACUUCUUUCACCCACAUCCUUCUCAACUGAUGUACAUAGCUUCAUCUGCUCUGCUAUAAUAACUGUAUAUUGGAAAUAUAAAUGGAUGAAUUAAUAAAUACAUUAUUAGAUGAUGUAAUAGAUUAAUGAAUGGUGAAUACAUUCAAAGAUAUAUAGACUGUAUCUGGACAUUAUAGUCCUUUGCUUGUGCUGUAGAUUGGCCACAUGGAAUAAGAGACAGAUGAGUCCUCUCCUCCUCUGAGAAGAUGGGAACACUGUCUGUUGGAGGACUGGGAGCCUCCUGACUACACUGUUGUUCUGUCCUUCCUGAUCACUGUACAGUCUAGCUGUGUCUCCCUCUGUUCUGAAGAGCUGGAAAAUACUAUGUAAACGCUCAAAUAAAUCACUGAGCAGCAAAUCA